AUGAUGAGAUUAGCUCAAAGAUCAAUACCACCGGUUUCACGGUUAUGCAGAAGCUACAGUCUACCAAGACCACCUCUACGCUGCUUUCACAGUGCAAGAGUACUAUCCAAAGACGAAAAGUCCAAGCAGAUGCUCAAGAAUCUAGGUAUCAACUUACAAAAGGGCAAUAUUAAUGAAUCUAACGAUGAAAAUGGCACCAAUAAUGAUAGCAACAAUAAGAACAAUCUGAAGAAUUCGUCUUCUUCUUCGUCAUCAUCUUCGAAGGAUGGGGUGGACGAUGAUGUACACGGUGUUGCCGACGAACAGCAGAUACCGGAACCUAGCAUAUCCACCGAGCAGCAGAUGAUUCAAGAACAAGAUUUGAAUGACUGCUUUGAUAGUCUAUCUCGGAUGUCGACUCGUGACUUGGUCUUCCAGAUUGGACUAGAUGGCAAAGGCCAGCCAUUUAUGUCGUUUGCUAACCCACACUGGGUGGACUCCCGCAUGAUUCUCCGUCUGGUACCAGAUACACUCGAUUUGUUUGACAAGAGCAAUAUGGACCAAGUCGAAGAGAUUUAUGAGAAAUUGUCACAGUUGGACUCGAAUCCUCAAAUGCAUCAGAAGUAUCUCAAGCGCUUCUUUUACGAUCUGCAUAACGAUUUGAUGUUGCUAGGCCAGACGUUACGAGGUAUAUCUAGUAAGUUCAAGCAGUUGAGACGAAACGAAUUGGAUAAAUUUGUUCCUGAAAGUGCAUCUUACGAAUACAUUUCUGAUAAGAUGAAACACCCGUAUAAUGUUGUUGGAUUUGACCGGAGUUUAACUGGCAUGCCCUUGAGACGUUUGGAAAAUGUUGAAGCGGGCGUGUAUCCACGCGAGUUUAUUCAAGAUCUACCCGCGUUUGACAACAAGAUCCAACUCAAGAAAUUGGAUUUGAACUUUCCCGAAAUUGACAGUUCGAUCAAUAUUGACCCUGCAAUUGCGACACCAUUGAAGGAUCUAUACGAUUAUGAAAAUAAAAACUUCAACCCUCGAAGUGGCAAGGAUAAUAUCGGCGGUGGAAUUUGGGCAAAUUCAAAUGACGUUGCCCAACAGCAAAUGCACAAGGCAGUGCACGAAUCAUUAAGCACCAAAAUGGGGUUACCAAGAAACUACAUCCCCGUGGAAAACUGCGCCAAAUAUCGCAGAUUGAAAUUGAACAACCACCAAAUCACAAACAGGAUAGAACAGGAGAUACGAAUCAUGAAAAAACUCCUCACCGAUGAAAUCAAAACCACUAUUGAAUCCUCAAAUGCCAUGCUUUUAUCGACAAAUGAAAACUAUCAUCGUGACCACAUAAAGCUGAACCAGUUUAUCCUUUGUGAGAUUAAAAACUUGGUCUCGGGUACUUUUUACAUUUGGAAAAGCUUUAGUAUCCUUCCUGUUUAUUUUCUUUUACCCUUGACGAAACGGCGUGAGAAGCUCCUCGCGAACCAUCUAUGCAAGUUGUUCUUGAUCAACCUUGAAGACAAGAUUAAUAUUUUGUUCCGCAUCAAGUACGACCACGCGAGAGACGAGCAGAAAUUCAUGAAAACGUUAUUAAAGAAUAUCGGACAUACAAUACGAUUCCGUCUCUGGCGUUAUUUCAAGAUCAACAAGAGAUCGAUUAGUACCAGAGCCACCUCGUUUUCCUCAAACAUUCAACUACCUUUGGUAAAGUCGAAUUUGAGAAAGAAACAGGCGGUGGUGUAUGCUCCAUAUACGGACUCGUGUUACAAGAGAAUAUACUGGAUACGGAAAAGAAAAAAUGCCGCCAGAGCCAACAAAAGCAGCAAACGAGUAGUGCCUCGGAAAGGCGCCGAACGGGUUGAUUUUGCUGUUAUCGGUGAAGAACUACUCGAGUGA